UUGUUCCCUUUUUUUCAUUUAUCUCAUUGAAGAAAAUAGUCAAACCAGUUCUCAGUCACUUGAGUACUUUUUAUGUACAUCUUGAAAACUUUCAGGUUCCUCUCUCAAUUUAACCAGAAAUGAACUUUUCCCAAGUCAUAUUAUCAUUUAGAAUCGCCUUUCGAGGUUUGGUCAUUCGAUCAACACAUGAUUAUGAUGAUAUUUUGUUUCCAAAAACUUGAAGGAAAACUGAAUUGAGACUCAUUCUGAUUUGGCAUCGGUUCGUUGGUCCAGUAAGUUCAUUUUGUUUGCUCUCAAUCAAAACAUUUAAUUAUAAAUUAAUCAUCUUUUCAAUCGUUGCCAAAAAUUAACCCAUUUUAUUGAUCAUCCCAUAUGAUUGAUGAACAUUUCUAAUUUUCAAUACACUUUCCGUUUCCUUUUUUCGUUGAUUAUUGUUACCAUGAUCAAGUUAUCGAUUAAUAAUUCAAACUGUUAAACUCAAUGAUUAUUAAAUAAUUGAACAAGAAAAAAAAAAAGAAUUCGGGAAGUUUGAUAAAAUUAUGAUUUAAUUGUUUAUCAUUAAAUCAAUUUAAUGUUAUCAUUAAAUUAAUGAUACAAUUGUUAGAGUAAAUAUUGUGAUAAUAAGAGAUAAAUGAUACAAGAUUAUGAUGCAACCUAAUCGAGAUCAACUCGAUUGAAAAAAAAGAGUAGAAAAAGUUUCGAGAAAAAAGUUUCAUUCAAGUUUCGUGUCAUUAGAUGUUGUGUGUUGGGUCAGGUCAAGUUUAUUAUCAAUUAAUUGUUAUUAAAGGUAAUUUAAAUUGUGAACCAUGUUAGUUUUGAGAAUUAACAAUAAAAAGUAAAUUUGCUUGAUUGUUGUUAAGAUUUUGCAACCUUGAUGUUUAUUUUAGUGGAAAAUUAAAUUUAUCUAAUCAACUAUAAUGAAGUAUCACAAGUUAACAAUUGCUUAAUUAUUACUUAAUCACUAACAAUCAAAAGAAUCGUUUUGUUAUCGUUCAAUUGAUUUAGUAGUUAAUUUUUUUCGUCGUUCAUUUCAUUUCAACGAUUGACAAUUCGACAAAAUCGAUUGUACGUUUUAUGUCAUUUGAUUUCUGGUUACUCAUGUCAACAUUUGAUUCGUUUCAAGUUUUGAAUCAAACUAAUUGUGUGAAGGAAACACUGGAUCAACUUAACAAAUCUAAAUGAUCAAUGGUUACCUUUCCUUGGCUAAACUUAAUUCCUAUCAUUGGAUUCUGGUUGAUUAUUAAAACCAGUUUGACAGAUUGUCAUCCAGAAACCGAUUGGAAUUCAAUUAUAUCUCGUGUUUAUGGAGGAACUCAAGCUAAAAGUGAUGAAUAUCCUUGGAUAGCUCAUCUCAGAUUUUUCAUUGGUAAAAACACCACUCGAUAUGGACUAUGUGGUGGUUCAUUGAUUGAUGAUCGGCACAUUGUUACAGCGGCUCAUUGUAUUCAUGAUGCCUCCAAAAACCUUCGGCCCAUUGACAGUGUUGAAGUUUACGUUGGGGUAAAAGAUUUAACUUCUCUCAAUAAACCUUACAAAGUAUUCAAAUAUUUUUAUCCAAAUGACUACAAUCAAGAUUCACUUUAUAAUGACAUCGCUAUACUGAGGUUAACUAAGAAGGUCACAUUCACAGAUCAAGUGUCACCGAUUUGCUUAGCUGGGUCACUCAAUCGACCUUUUCUCACUUUAACAGUGGCAGGUUAUGGGAGACUCGGACCCAAUCGUAAGCCAGCAACAUCCUUGAUGAAAGUCGAUGUUGAAUUUAUAGACAGAAAAACCUGUAAUCAAAUGUUGCGCGAUUUUAUUAUAAGGAUGAACCCCGAUAUCGAAGCUCGUCAAGAAAAGUUCAAGAUGCCGCAAGUUCAUUCAAGUCAUUUGUGUGCUGUCGAUACACUCACCGGAGGCGAUGCUUGUUCAGGAGAUUCUGGUGGACCUUUGAUGUACCAAAAUCGUAAAGAUGGACGAUACUAUGCUGUGGGAAUUGUUUCUGGUGCCAUGGAUGAAUGUGGUGACCCAAGAACACCAGGUUUCUAUACAACUAUAGCCAAAUUCCGACCUUUUAUUGAAAAAGUUGCACCGAAAUCAACUUUUUGUGAUAUUUAAUUGACCAAAUAAAUAGAGAAUAAUAAAUUAUUUACUUUUCUAAUUGAAAUUGAACUUUCAUCAGAUUAUAUUCACAUCCAUGGAGAUUUCCAGUGUGUCAAAGACUGAAAAUCUUGUCACGAAAUGGUGAAAAUUGUCCGAUUCUUUUGGCGAAAAU